CGUAGAGCCGUUGGUGUUUGGUAACAUGUUGGGACUCGGUGGUCUUUAUGUUCCUGUGUCAGUAAUGUAAAGGCGUUGGAGGUUCACCUCGGCGCGGUUCCUCUGGCUCGGAGCAGUGGGCUGAGCUACAUGUCAACACAUAGAGGAGACACGAGCCACUGCGCUACCGACUCAUCGGCUGUGAUGGACGGACGCGAAACCCGAUUCGGUGUAAAUGUGGAUAUAUACACGAAUGAAUGAUUUACCUGAUGCUUGUUUUAAUUACCUUUUACUGACACCACUUAAACGAAGCUGCCGCCAUGAAAAUAAGACGGAGAUUGUUUUCACCCAGAUGCUGCUCUUUCUCUCCGUAGCGUGCUGUAAGCUCAGUAGAUGGACACGGUGUUGCUGGCCUCGGCCGCGGUGGUAUGGGAAUGGCUGAACGAGCACGGCCGCUGGAGGCCGUACAGCCCGGCUGUGUCUCAUCACAUCGAGGCGGUGAUCCGGAGCGAAUCCCGGGGAGGGAGCGUCGUGCUAGGCCAAGCCGACAGCCGCCUCUCGCCCUACAUCAUCGACUUGCAGUCAAUGCAUCAGUUCAGGCAGGACACAGGUACUUUAAGACCAGUACGUAGAAGUUUCUAUGACCCCACUUCAGCACCAGGUCAGGGCUGGCUGUGGGAGUGGGAGAAUGAUGCGGGUUCUUGGACACCAUAUGACAUGGAGGUGUGCAUUGCCCUGCAGGCGGCAUGGGAUCGUCAACAGGCAUGGUUGGAUCUGGCACCGCUUGGCUUCUGCUACCUCGUGGACUUUCAAAGCAUGACUCAGAUCAACCAGCAAACACAGAGGCGUCGCCGCAUUCAGAGACGUUCAGACAUGGCCUAUCCACUUGUCUCUGGGCCAUUGCCAAAAGCCCCUCAAGGUUGGGGUACUCUGCCUGGAGGUGCUGCUGGUGGUGGAGGCACUGCAGGUGGUGGUUCAACUGGAGCACUUCUGGGAGUUGGAGUUUCUGGAUCUAGCUCAAGUGGAAAUGGUGGUCCACUCUACCCUAGUGGAACACUUUCAAUGUCCUCACUUUCCCCUCCUGGACAGCCAUGUGCCUGUCAACAGUGCAUGCUUGUCUUGAGUGUCAAAGCAAAUGCCAUGACAUCACAAACGCUAGGACGCAGAGCACCACCCUCAAAAGCACUCAGUCCUAAAUCUAGUCGAGGGACGCUUCCAUACUCCUCUACAACCUCAUCCAUAUCAAAUGCAUACUCACAAACACUGCCUCAUGGGCUGUCUUUAAACCGCUCACUCUCACAAGAGCGCAAGAACGCUGCUGAUUUUGCUCAGUCAUUGUCUAUGCUUACCUCAAACACUGCCACUCUUUCUUUGUCCUCCAGUCGCCCACCUCCACCAUCUUUGCCCCCUCCACCACCUCCACCAGCAUCCCAUCAGCAGUCCUUAUCAAUGUCAAGCUGUAACUCAACAUCAUCUCAAUCAGUACCAACUGCAACGCUCAUUACUGUGGCCACAAGCAGCACAUCUUGUUCAUCCUCAUCAUCAGCAUCAACAGCUGUUCCACCUCAACGUUCUGCAGCCUGUGCUGCUCCUUUGCCCCUUCGUGCCAGUCUGGCGGGGCUGAGUCGGCCAGCACUGCAAAGAAUUGCCAUGGCACAAUCCCGGGCACUCAUCGCUUCUGGUGUGCAAACAGUGCCAGUGAAGAACCUCAAUGGUUCCAGUCCCAUUCAUCCAGCUUUAGCAGGGAUCACAGGUAUUCUAAUGAGUGCAGCUGGGCUGCCUGUGUGUUUGACUCGUCCUCCUAAACUGGUGCUUCACCCUCCUCCUGUCAGCAAAAGCGACAUCAAACCCAUCCCUGGUCUUGGACACUGCUGUCGGAAGACCACCAAAAAACAAGCUCGCAAAGGCAAGACUCCAGAGGAAGUAGUAAAGCGGUAUCUACAGAAAGUCAAGAAUCCCCCAGAAGAGGACUGCACUAUCUGUAUGGAACCUUUGACUGGCCCCUCUGGUUAUAAAGGUCCAGGUGUGGGUGCUGUGUCCCGUGCGGAAUCAGUCGGUCGGCUGGCACAGUGUGGCCAUCAGUACCAUCUGCAGUGCCUGGUAGCUAUGUACAACAAUGGAAACAAAGAUGGCAGCUUGCAGUGUCCCACAUGCAAAACAAUCUAUGGUGUGAAGACGGGCAAUCAGCCACCUGGGAAGAUGGAAUACCAUGUCAUUCCUCACUCACUUCCGGGACACCCUGACUGCAAAACUAUUCGUAUAAUAUACAACAUACCACCUGGCAUACAGGGCACUGAGCAUCCAAACCCAGGAAAGCCUUUCACAGCAAGAGGAUUUCCGCGACACUGCUAUCUUCCAGACAGUGAGAAAGGACGGAAGGUGUUGAGACUUUUAUUGGUCGCCUGGGACCGGAGGUUGAUCUUCUCGGUGGGUACAUCUAGCACCACGGGUGAGGCAGAUACAGUCAUCUGGAAUGAGAUCCACCAUAAAACAGAGUUUGGCUCUAACCUCACAGGCCAUGGCUACCCUGACCCUAGCUAUCUGGACAAUGUGUUGGAGGAGCUAAAGGCCCAGGGCAUGACAGAGGAAGAUGGUCAGCAGCUGUGAGGGACAGGAAAGACUGGGAAAAAGGGUACACAGUUAACUUCAUAUCCAAAGGGUAUAACUGGACAACUGAAGAAUGAGGAUCUUUUUUGUUGGGGUUUGGGGAAAUUUUAUGUUUUGGGAAAAUACAUUUUUGAGGUGCAAAGUGUGUGUGUGCAUCAAAGAGUGAAUGUAUGUUUAUAUUAAUGAGUUAAUGGGGGAAAAGAAGAAAAGUGAUGUAAUUUGCUCAGCUGUGGACCAAAUAGUACACACAAAUAAAUGAGAGCCAUGGUUUUCCUAAAUUCCUGGACCCUUAUUUAUUGCUUAAUCACUAAUCCUAAUAGCUAAGAAAAUGAGCAUUGAAAGAAAGGAUAUAACAGGUUUAGCAACAGAAGGGAAAGAAAGUAUAUUGAAUAGAGAGAUUGGAAAUGGAGGCAAAGAUAAACUUGUGCUGAAUAACCUAAGCAGAGGAAUGAUGAGAAGAAAGGUCAAAGCAUGUAUUUUUUUUAUUUCAUACGGUAAUAAAUUAGGUAGACAUUUUGGUAGAGCUGAAGUAAAUAUUUGAAUGUGUGCCUGUGGGUGCUUGUGUGAAAGUGAGAGGAAAACCUUGUGCCCUCAAAUAAUUCUCUUUUCCUUACAAACAUUUCUUAAUAUGACCAUUUCAUAUGAUUACAGUAUAUAAUCUGAGACCUGAGUCAUUAAACUUGUAUCAUGAUUGUUGGUAUCAUGUAAUACCAUUCCAUGUGUUAGAUUUAUUUUUUAUAAUUAAUUUUUACUGCAUUAUUUUUGUACGAGUCACGAAUGAUAUGUGGGUGCGGUUCAGAGUGCUGAGUCUCUUGAAUUACCCUGUCACAAAGUUGUAAACACCUAGGGUGUAGUUGCUGUAGAAUAAAAGAAUGCUUAGUGUGGCCUGGAAGGUGUCUAAACAUAUUUCUGUUGGUUUAGUUUAAAAAGAGGUUCUUUUCGGUCCAGGUUUACACAUUUAUUGGAGCCCUAACUUCUCCAUAUUAGAUACAGUAUUUCUAUACUAGUGCCUCAUUAAUGUGUUGGGUAUGAUUAAAAUGUCCUGGCUUUUUAUAGUGAUAGUGUUCGAGGACAGACCUGUAUAUGAUACAGCUCAUUCUGAUCAAUGGAAGUAAAGGACAUGUGCUACGAUGAGAAGAGCUGCAAGAUUUUACUGUAUUUUGUGUUGGUAUAGCAGAAGAGUCCUAGUACAAAGAGGGUAACAUUGAACAGGUUAUGAGGUAAGAAUGGUAGGUCAAGCUGCAGUUUGGAAGUUUAAUAACAAUAGGCAGCUGUUCAAAACAGUAACACGUCCAAAAGUUUGUGGACACCUGACCAUCACGCUCAUAUGUAGGUCUUUCCCAAAUGCUUACCACAAUGAUGGAAGCACACAGCCGUACUGCAAGUUUUUGUAUGCUGUAGCAUUUAGAUUUCCUUCCCCUAAAGCUGAUUCAUUAUGACAAUGCCCGUUUGCUUAAAAAUUGUGGAAGAACCUUUACAGUGCCCUGACUUCAAUCCCGCUAAACACAUUUGUUCUGGGUAAAUUGAAGAAAUCCCCACAGCCACAAACCAAACUCUGCUGGUAUGCCUUGCUAAAAUAGUGGAGACUGUUAUACCAGUUGAGGCAGGACUUAAUCUGUGUUAAUUACUAUUUUUUUUUUUUUU